CCGCGUAGAGCACGUCGACUGACGGGACGCUUUAGCUCACGCGGACUGUCUCUGGGAGUGCUGAGUCGAAUAUCCUCUCUGGCGUCUCACCGUUAGAUACCGGCUGCUUUAUUCACCUGAAUCGGAAACAAAACAUUACACUUCGAGUUGGGACUCUCUUAAUUACUCAAAGUGGUGACCUUAACACCGGUUUCUGGGCGAACAUUUGCGUAGAACAAGAACUGCGUGUCGUUAACUGAAAUCACACUGUAGUGAAAAUUCAAGACCCACGAUGGACCCGAGAGACACUGCCCCUGAUUCCUGGGAACAAGAGGACGAUGUGGAGGCCACAAUUGACGGACAACUUGACUCAGCAUUCAUAGCCCUUAAUGUGAAUGCUAAACCGUUUGUUCCCAAUGUGAACGCCGUCGAAUUUGUUCCAUCUUUUCCCUCGAAAGCACACUCUGAAGACCUUGAUUCUGUCGUUGCUGUUGAAAAGAUAUCCACCAUGGAGGUGUCAGAAAGUGCUGCUCCUGUUGAAAACGGCAACACAGCAAUGACCACAGAGGAGCCGUGGGACCAGAAAGAGGCCGUGCCAACGGAGGAGGAGCCAGGAGGCGGAUCUUGUGGGGACCGGGGGCCUUCGGUGGUGGCGGCAACAACGGAGGAGACGGCUCCAGAGAUAAUGGAGGAGGAAGAGGAAACUCCAGCGCCAAAGGUUCCACCUACACAGCCAGACGCCCCGAAGAAGGAACACAUCAAUGUUGUGUUCAUCGGACACGUAGAUGCUGGCAAGUCCACCAUUGGCGGACAAAUCAUGUAUCUAACAGGCAUGGUAGACAAGAGAACCUUAGAGAAGUACGAGAGGGAAGCCAAGGAAAAGAACAGAGAAACCUGGUAUCUGUCUUGGGCUUUAGACACCAACCAAGAGGAGAGGGAUAAAGGCAAGACGGUGGAGGUGGGCCGAGCAUACUUUGAGACAGAAGAAAAGCACUUUACUAUCUUGGACGCUCCAGGCCACAAAAGCUUUGUGCCCAACAUGAUCGGAGGUGCAUCACAAGCAGACUUGGCUGUUCUGGUGAUCUCUGCCAGGAAAGGGGAGUUUGAAACUGGAUUUGAAAAGGGUGGACAGACACGGGAGCACGCCAUGUUGGCCAAAACAGCUGGUGUCAAGCACCUGAUAGUUCUGGUGAAUAAAAUGGAUGACCCAACAGUCAACUGGAGCCUGGAGAGAUAUGAAGAGUGUAAGGAAAAACUAGUGCCAUUUUUGAAGAAGGUGGGCUUCAACCCGAAGAAAGACAUUCACUUCAUGCCGUGCUCCGGACUGACGGGAGCCAACCUGAAGGAGCCCACUGACAUGUGCUCCUGGUAUACAGGGUUACCAUUCAUUCCACACUUGGACAGUUUGCCACAUUUCUACAGAUCAAGUGAUGGCCCUGUCAGAUUGCCCAUCGUAGACAAAUACAAGGACAUGGGCACUGUGAUUCUGGGCAAACUGGAGUCUGGCUCAAUCAGUAAAGCACAGCAGCUUGUCAUGAUGCCCAACAGGCAUGUGGUGGAGUUGUUGAGUCUCCUGUCAGAUGAUGUGGAGACGGAUGAUGCCGGGCCGGGUGAAAACCUCAAGCUGCGGCUGAAGGGCAUUGAGGAGGAGGAGAUUCUGCCUGGCUUUAUCCUGUGUAACGCUGAGAACCUCUGCCACUCAGGGCGCACCUUCGACGCCCAGAUCGUCAUCAUUGAACACAAAUCCAUCAUCUGUCCGGGUUACAACGCGGUCCUUCACAUUCACACCUGCAUUGAAGAAGUGCAAAUUACGGCCUUAAUCUGUAUGGUAGACAAGAAAACAGGAGACAAGAGUAAGACACGGCCACGAUUUGUCAAACAGGACCAAGUUUGCAUCGCUCGUCUGCGCACAGCAGGAACCAUUUGCCUCGAGACCUUUAAAGACUUUCCUCAGAUGGGACGGUUUACCUUACGAGACGAAGGUAAGACCAUCGCCAUCGGUAAGGUGCUGAAGCUGGUAGCUGAGCGGGACUGAAGAGCACAGAGCUUCCUGAGAGUCCUGGUGAGAAGGAACGGGCGGAGCUCGGUCAUAACCCGCCCACACAGUUGUCAGCGGCGACAGCACCUCUGUCACGCCCCCCUUCUGUGUGUCGAAGAACAGCUUCAGAAAAAAACUCAUGUGAAAAAGAACCAGUUUUUAAGCAAAUGACACACCAAGAUGAAGUCCACGAGUCAGCUUUCUCAUAUUGAGAGCUCAGCUAUGCCAUUUCUGGGUUAGCCCUCCCUCCACCUCUCCCCACCUCCCCACUCAUCAUUACAUGAUUGUUUUUUCUUCCACUUUUGAAGACAAUGAGAAAUGGCGGAAGUUAUAUCUGUAAACAGAAUGUGGACCAGGAUUCUGCUUGGAAUAUAAAGGAUGAUUUUCAGGAGUAAAUUGCAAAAGAAAUUGCUUGCAAGAACUUAACCAGUUGAAACCAAAAUGUUUAUCUUGGGUGUACAUGUCUCCCUUUGCUUUAACCCAGUUUUUGGUUUCUCGUGGCGUUCUAGCAUUGUGCUUGAGCGUGUUCAAAUGUUAUUAAAGCAAACAACUAUGACAAUAAAAUAAUACAUUUGGAAAACAAA